AUGUCGCUGCUUCCACUAGAUGAAGUGCAGUGGAAAUCUCCCGAGUGGAUUCAAUCCUUUGGGCUCAGGACGGAAAACGUCUUAGACUAUUUUAGCCAAUCGCCAUUUUUCGACAAAACUUCGAAUAACCAAGUCGUUAAGAUGCAGCAACAGUUCUCGCAGCAGUUGGCCCCCUCUUCGUCCCAGCAGGCUGGGCGAUCGAAGCCAGCAGUGAGUCCGCAGAGGCAAGAAAUUUGGGAUAGAUAUCCUAGCUACGCAUUGCUAGAACAAGAAUUGGCUAAGCUUAAAGGCGUUGAAUAUAUUCUAGCGCACGUAAGGGAACCAGACUUUUGGGUUAUACGUAAACAAAACCGUCAAAACGAGAUCAACACAACCCCGCUGAAUGACUACUACAUUAUCGGCGCCAAUGUCUACCAAUCGCCAACUGUCUACAAGGUCGUCCAUAACAGACUGCUAUCAACCAACUACCAUCUGAGCAAGGCCCUUGCAGGUAUUCAACAACUAUCUACCUUCCAGCCAAGCCAAGGCUCUUCCUUCAUCGCUAUAGAACACGACUCGGUGCUUGUGGCAUCAUCUCCAGCCACGGGAAGCACUGCUGCGGUAACCGGCAGUGCAGGCAAUACGACAGGCGCUACAAACGUCGGUAUGACCGCAGCAAUGGAGACCAACGGUGCCGGCUAUUCUGACAUCUUAACCCAAGAGAUGAUGGACAAGCUCAUGCUCCAAAGCAUCAAGUCUACCCCUGUAUACCUAUAA